GGACACUGAAAGCUGUAGCUAUGUAACCGGGUAAGAUUUAACGCUAUCUAGCUAGCUAGCUACAGUAAAGGUUUUAUUUAUCAACUGUUUUAUUUGGAGGUAGAAGCAUAGACCUAUUUAAAAAAAUAAUUGUAUAUACUAUAUAUCUAAUACAAAUGGCAUCGGUGGUUCAGUACGGCCGAAGAAGAGGCUCUAGUAAAAGAGAUGUAGUGUGUCUUCUUUCCUCCUUUCUUUUUAAAAGUGUCUUCAGGUGAGGAAGCCAGCAGGAUGAUCCAGCCACCAGACCUCCGGAAAGUCACAGUCUUAACCAAGGCCGAAUGGCAAAGGAUUCAAGAUGAAAUAAACCAGGUUAAUAAAGACAAGGAGAGAAUGAGAGAGGCAGCAAAACAGAGAGAGGCCCUUCACCUGCAAUCAAAAGAAGUGGUGAAACUGUGGUCCAAUACCAUUGCUGGUCAAAGGCAAAAAAAGCUAGAGGCAAAGAAGCUCCGUGAGGAGAUUGAAGAGGAGAAAAAGAAAUUGACUGAUAUGGAAGAGGCCAAAUAUCAGGAGCAACAGCGGAGAGAGGCCGUUGAAAAAGCCAAGACUCAGCUUUACUAUCAAACCGACCGUGUUAAAGGAUUACAUCGGGCACUCUUGCUGACAGAGGUGCUGAAGGAGAGGGAAGCUCAGAUCGAACUGAGGAAAAGAAUCAAGAGUGCCUCUAAAGAUGUUGACAAAGAAUUCCUGAAUAUGGUAGGGAGCAGAGAGGAAGAAGCCUUGAGAAAGGAGCAGGAGAAAGCACUGCAGAAAAAGCUUGAGAGACAGGCUGUGGCAGAGCAGCUAAAAGAACAGGUCAAGGAAAAUAAGUUACUGAGAGAGCGACAGAAGAUAGAGAACAAAAAGGACGGAGAGGAAACCCAACGCCUUCAAGAGCUCUACCAAUGGGAGCAGAGAAUGGAGGAAGAAAGACAAGCAAAGCUGAAGAGAGACCUAAUGCAUGCUCACCUGGAACAUAUCACCAAUAGAGACCUCAUAAAAGCAGCGGAUACACAAAAAAAGGAUGCCGAAGAGGAGCAAAGAAAACUUUUUCUCUCUGCAAAACAAAAAAUGAUGAAGUUACGGAAAGAGAAAGAAAAGGAAUUGUUCAAAGAGGCCCAGAUGCGCAGAGAGAGGAUCAUGGACAAGCUGACCAUCGCACAGCAGGAGCACACUGACAGCGAGGAGCAGAGGACUGCGAAGGCCGUCGCUGAGCGGGAUGCAAAACAGGCCCAGCAGCAGAGGAAGGAGGAGGAAAAGAAGGCUGCAAUGUUGGAGUCGAUCGCUGCACACAGAGAAUACCUGAGACAAGAAAAGGAGCAGAAGGACAAAACGGCCAAACAGAACACCCAAGACAGACUUGAGGCCAAGAAACAGGCUGACAGAAUAUUUUCUGAGAAACAACAAUUGAAGGCUCAGAAGAUCAAAGAAGAUAGAAGAAAACUACAAGAAUUCCAUGCCUCACAAAUGGCUCAAAAAAGUGCCUGGCAUCAGCAGCUGAGAAGAGAGGAACACGAGUUUGAAGUGAAGACCGCAGAGCUCAUUGCUGAAGAGGAAAAACUGUUUCAACAGUAUUCACGGCACAUCAUCAGCGCAGCGGCGGAGUCUCAGCGAAAUGUGGUUCCACUUUGCAAAGCCGCAGGGGAAGGGCUCGGAGGAGGGCUUGGUCCCAUUUCUAAUGGAGUCAAGCCUAUCUACCUCGUUCAGGACUGUACUGGUGCUCAAAUGCCCAAAUAUGUCUCUGGUGCCACCCAGAGCAUUAAAAAGCUUAAUGAGGCCGUAGAUAUUCAAGACACAAAGAGACGACUUGGGUUUACAUGGUCGUAGGUCACUCCCAGCUGACGAUUCUGGUUUCAAGAGUGUUCAACACACUUACCACUAAAUCUUUUAAUAACAUCCUUGAGAUGUUUUGACAGAGGCUGUCUGAAAUAACUCCCUUGCGUACUCAUUCAUUAUUCUGUUUAUAAUAUACACUAAAUAGUUUGCUGUGUAGUGAAUAGUAAAUUGGGACAUGGGACACUUGUGAAGUCAUUAGGUUGAGUCAUUCCUUGUAGGGGUAGAGCUGCAGUUUUUAAAUUUAAAGGCAACGAAUAUGAACCAUAACUGGUUUGCGUUAACCCCGGGAGUAUCCCGUUCCCAUCUCUCCAAUAAAGGCAUGAAAUUGCUCAAAAUAUUCUACUUACAAAAGGUGGCCUCCAUGUCAUGGGGACUACUUUCUUAGUCCAGUUGUUGAGAUUUUGGAGAGCAAGAUAUAGUGCAUACUUUUCACUUAUAGUACACCGUUUGGUAAACAGGGGGUGAUUUUAGAAAAAAAUUAAAAACUUUUGCAUGGAUGUUCUACAAAGGGUUCUUCAGGGAAAUGGAGAGUGAUAUGUGCUUUAGACAACGGUGUGAAUGUUUUAGAAUUCUCUAAAAUUAUUUUAGAAUUAGAAAUUCUCACAAAUUUCUGUAAUGUUCCAUACAUUCUUUCACGAAACAUAAAAACUUGAAAGCUGCAGUGAGAUUAAUUCCAGACAUAUUUGUGGUUUGAAAUAAUUCAAAUGUUCUGUUUAUCUGUGCGUAUCAACUUACCCAAGCAAAGAAGAAGACUCUAAAACCAGGGACUGAACCAAGCUUUUAAUCAGCACUGCAGUUAAUUGAACCUGACACUGGAGGACAAAAUGUUGACAGUACAGUGUGAAUUUCCUGAAUACUGUUGAUUAUUGUAAUUUUGGAUGCUAAUAAUGUGUGGGCCUCCAAUAAAUUGCAGUUGUGACAUUAUUUACAGAAUAAAACAAUUGAUUAAAAUCAAAGUUGAGCCUUCAAUUC